ACUCUUCUCUAGGGUGGCGGCGAUCGAGGGGUCACGUGAUGAGCAUCCUGCUGCCCAACAUGGCGGAGUUCGACACCAUCUCGGAACUAGAGGAGGAGGAAGAAGAAGUGGUAACGUCGUCGUCGUCGUCGUCGCCGUCGUCGUCGUCGUCGGUAUCAGGGCCCGACGACGAGGAGGAAGAUGAGGAGGAGGAGGAGGAAGAGGAGGAGGAGGAAGAAGAGGAGGGGGAGGAGACGCCGCCCCCACCUCGGGUAGUGAGUGAGGAGCAUCUGCGAAGAUAUGCCCCGGAUCCUGUAUUGGUGCGGGGAGCCGGCCACAUCACUGUGUUUGGCUUGAGCAACAAGUUUGAUACUGAAUUUCCCUCCAUUCUAACAGGGAAGGUGGCCCCAGAAGAAUUUAAGACCAGCAUUGGCCGUGUGAAUGCAUGUUUGAAAAAGGCUCUCCCAGUCAAUGUGAAAUGGCUGCUCUGUGGUUGUCUCUGCUGCUGUUGCACACUGGGUUGCAGCUUGUGGCCUGUUAUAUGUCUCAACAAAAGAACCAGAAGAUCAAUUGAGAAGUUAUUAGAAUGGGAAAAUAACAGAUUAUAUCACAAGGGUAGAGCAUACUUGGAUAUUUUUAUCAAGUUAGCAGAAUAUUUUUGUGAAAGCUGUUUUUAAGUUGAGGAAAGUAAUUGAGAAUUUCUUUGUUACUUGAUAUUCUUUUAUGAAGCCUGCUGUAGUAGUUUCCACAGAAAAUAACAUGUAUUUGCCAAAGUAUAUAAAUCUCACAAAGCUUUGAAAUUGUAAGUUAAAGCCAUUCCUUCUUUGACUUUCGUUAUGCAUCUCCAUCCCCAAUGCCCCUUUAAACACCUAAAUUAUGUAUCAAAUGAAAUGAAAUCCUAACCGUAUUCAGCUACUCUCUGUUCCCUCUUACCCACUCUAUUAAUUUAGGGAAAAGACCAUUGUAGUUGAUAGAAGUAGAUGGAGAAAUACCUUGUCUUUUUUGAACAAAAAACAUUUUAUGUUGAAGGAAACAGAAUGGAUGAAUUGGUAGAUCAUUAGAUUUAAUACCAUCCUUUUCAAGUAUUAGAAUAUUUCAUUAGUGUAUUAUGUUUCUUCUAUUUAUUAUUUAAAACAUGUUUCUUUGUUUUCCCUCAAUCAUAUUAUGUUAGUGUUAAAAUAUUACAGGACUAUCAAUUACUUACAAACCUGGUAUAAUUCUAAUUCUAGUAAAUGUGUAAUUCAACAUGGUUCUGAAAGAACAAUGGUCUUUGAAGCCCUACAAAAACCCACUUAAGUAUUUAAUGUAUGUACUAUUUAUAUUAUUAUCUAUGAACACUAAUGUCUGAUUAGUUCAUCUAACUGUGUUAGCAUUUAGCACUCUGCCAUUUUUAAUGAAAUUCUUAUUUUUCAUAAUUUGAGUGAUGUUCCAUAACAUUUGUAAGGCUUAAAACAAAUAGGGUUUUUCCAAGUGUAUGAGAACUUUUAAAAAUUGUUAGCACUUUAAUUUUGUUUGCAAAUAAACUACCACUUAAAAAAAAAUCAAACCUUACUACUUGAACAUAAUGCCCCAAAAAUAUUUCAUUAGAGUGAACUAUGUUGACCUAGGGGGAUGUAGAAAUUAUAUACACUCGUUUAAGUGGAGCAGUUUCACACAUGGAAAUACUUUUUCUAAUUUGAUUAUAAGAUGCCCAAAUUCAUUGAAGCUAAGUCCUCUUAUGCCUAUAAAAUUCUGCUUUAAAAAAUUUCAUUUUGCAACACUUGUCUAAUUGUUCAGGUUCCUUUAAAUGAUGAACUAUUGGGAAAUUAUCCACAAAAAAAGGAAUGGAUGUUAUUAAUAACAUUUGUUCAUGUAAUGUGGGGGCUGAAAAGGGUGAUAUGUAUAUCCUUAUCUUGCCCCCAAAUUUCUCUUUUCUGAUUCUGAGCCAGUCUUUUCAUUUUGAUGAGGGCAAACUGAGAAUAUAUUCCAUUUUCUGUGGAAUUUGUCAGAUUCAUACUAUAUGAGGAAAUGGUCUACUAUUGUGGGCUUUGGGCAAAUCGCUUAAAAUACAUAUCAGUCUUUUAAUCUAUAAAAUCAUAGAUUUGAACUUAGAGCUGGACAGAAAAUUAGAGAUAACCUAACAUUCUGUAAUUCUAGGAAUCCAGAGGAAAUUUUUAUUCCACAGAACCUCAGAAUGAUUUUUCUCAGAUCUACUACCCUUGGUGGAAAUUCUCACAGUGCCUUGCACACAGUAAAUAUUUGACUUGCCAACUGGCUCCCAGCUCAUGUGUGUUCUUGUCACACUCAAAGACUCAAAGAACCUGAUACCUGCUAGACCUCAGCCCCUCUAUGGUAAUAAAAAUAAGUGUAGUUUCCCCAGUAACCAAGGACUAAGGUCUGUGGGCUUUGCAUAUGUGGAACCUGAUUAUGUAUUUGGUAUCCAGGCAAGAAUUAUAACUGUCACAACAAUGGAGAUAUGGGAGGACCCACUUUGACAAUGAUGUGAAAAGUUUCAUCUCCUACCCAAUAUUUGCUUCAGUGUCUUACCAAGUUCCAUAUCCUCAAAAAGAUUUGUUGCAACAAAUUGAGAUUAGAUGGAAGGAAAAGUGGUGUGGAAUUCAAACCCAAAUCACUUCUGGUUUAAUUCUUAGCUCUGCUGCUUAAUUCCUCUGUACCUCAUGUCCUCAUUGUGGAAGUGGGGACAAUAAUCUGGACCUACCUCACAGGGGAAUUGAGGAUUUUUUCCAUAUAUUAAUGUGCUUUUGAAGUUGAUUGAAAGAUAUACUGAAUAUCGUAAUUUUGCAAUUUCUAUAUUUUCUUUCUCAUUCAGACCCUGCAGAAUGAGUGUUGCAGUUAAUCUAUUUUAUCAGUAGUAAAUUUGUUAUUAAUUCCCUGUAUGUUAACAAUUGUGUUAUGUUAAUAUUUAGGGAGGAAAAGCAGGUGGAUGUAAACCAGUGGUUCCCAACUUGGGAAAGAUAAAGAUAGCAAUGGGGACAUCCUUGAACCUUUUUUAUAUUUCAAAAAGUAUACCAGAAAUCAUAGAUUUACCCAUAAUAUAUCUGCUGCACAAGCCAACUAAGACAUUGAAUUUCCGUGCAUUUUGCUUAUAUUUUCUUCAAUCCUGCCUAACAUAACACUGGUUAUCACCCUCUGAUCAGAAGUUGUGAAUGACAAUUCUGCCUUUGAUUAGUAAAAGAAUGAAAAAGCCUAUUAUUACAUGCAGUUUAGUAAAUAAAAUACUUGAAAACAUGGGGAAGGGAAAAUAAAGGGAUCUCUGUGGUAAAAAUAUUGGAAGCCACUUUUAUAAAGGAAGUAAGAUUAUUUGACCCUCUCCACCAGGUUACUUACCCAGUCCCUAAAUAAUGAAAUGCUAGACUUGGGGGGGGGCUGGAUUGGGCUACAUAAUUUCGGGUUAGAAUCUGCUUUCUCUUUUCUUCUGUUUCAGGAUGAUAACUGAGCUAGUUUAUUUGGAUGCAAAUGUGGAAAGUGUUGUAAUAUGUUCUAGCAUUGGAGUAAAUAUCAACUUCUGAGUCUCAAAGCAGUUCUGUGUAUAAACUCAGAAUUAUGAGUCCAGGCAGUAAUUUCUCAAAUUUCUCUUUUAUUCUUUGCUUAUUUGUUUGCUUUUAUCUUAGCUUAAUUUUCUUAAUUUUCCAUUUUCUAGUAAGCAAAUAGUGUAAAAUUGUUUUAAUGACUGAACUUUGAACAAAUUACAGAUGUUUGAAAUUAUAUAAUCUACUAACUAGCUAGUUCACCCUCCUUGGAUUAACCACAUACAAAUACGAAUCUCAGCUCCAAAAACAAAAAAUGCUGGUAGCUGGAAUGUGGGCAUUGAUCAAAACAUCCAUUUGAAAAGGCUAAGAUUUCUACUUUUUGGCAGAGGAUUCCUGUGGAGACAGCUUUAUCAGAAAAGAAUACAAGUGGAUGUGUCAAUUCAAACAAGAACAUUUGUGCAUCUUGUAUUGCUAUGUAGCCUGUGGAAUGAAUUUAUUUUUCUUCCAAGUUUGAGAGUGACUCCCCUGAAAGAACUCAACCUAUAUACAGCUGUGCCAAAAUGAAGGACACCUGCCUCUCUGAAACUUUUGCUGCUGCUUCUGUUGUUCACUUGUCAGAUAUAAAAUUUUAUUAGCUCAGGAUGCAGAAUUACAAUAAAGCGCAAAUCUACAUUAAUGAA